AUGUCCCUGAGCGUAGAGAUGGCGCACCUCAAUCCCUAUGCGCAUCUUCUCAUGAACAUUGCUGGAUUCGGGCACAAACGGAGCUUGCCAUGGAUAGCUGAGGGCGCUGCCUUCUCGGCGGCUGAGGAUGCGGGAGGCGCGCAGUGUGUGGCAGGGACGGCGCAGGGCGCGAGUGAGGAUGUCAGAGACGCAAUACAGCGAGAGGAGGCGCUGCAGCAGGGAGCCGCUGCGAACGGCGUGUCACAGUCCCACGUGCGAGUAGGCGAGCUCAUGGAGGACCCGGUGAUCAACGCUGCGGGGCAGACGUACGAGCGUGCUGCGAUCGAAAAGUGGAUUGCGAAGGGCAAGCGCACCGACCCGAAAAGCGGCACGAUGCUCGAGCACACGCACCUCCUUCCGAAUGUGGCUGUGCGUAGCAUGAAUUGUUCGGUCUGUCUCCCCGCUGUGUAA